UGACGCCACGCGGGUGAAUGGCGGAGAAAACACGCCAAUGAAUUCCGAGUGAGGAGUGAAAGGUGGUCAUUAGGUAGGCAGAGCAGGAGGUCGCCACCCUGCAUAUCCAAUGGCGACCCUCUCCUCCACCACCACCACCAUCACCACCACCAGCACCAUCACCACCACCGUCACUACCAUCUUCUCGCGCCAUCAGCUCGCCAACUGCCAGGGGUUCGUGGAAAAAGGAGCAAGAGAGGAAGGGAUAAAGGAAAGGAGGGACGUAUAGGAAGGAAGGAAGGGAAGGAAGGAAGGAAGGAAGGAAAGCAGUAAAAGAGACGGGGCUGGUACCGAACAGUUUCGAAACCCGGAAACCGAAGCGAUGCCAGUUGAACCAGUCAGUGCAGCCGUGACUGUAAUGGCGACUGUGCGUGUGUUUCCGUACUCUCUAUAGGUGGAAGCCCAACCGGAGACCUAUUCCCAGUGUUCCAGAAGAACGAAGAAUAAGACCCACGAUGUCCCACAGACCAAAACCUCCCCUACAAAAGGUCCCACGCAGACUGCAGGGCGGAGGACAACAAAGCGGAUCCACCAACUUACACCAGCUUAUAAUGCAUAAAAUCUUUCUGGCUCUAAAAAGAGUGCUCAAUGUAAAUUUGUUUAGUCACAAAGAUAUUGGCAAGGGAGCAGCAGCAUAUUUCCAGUUCCCUCUUGUACUUACCCGUAAAAAGUGUGACCGUCAGUUUGCAACGCUGUGUAAGGCUUCCCCUUUCAUCAAAAAGAACCAUUCACAGGGAACUGAAGGAAAAUAUGGCUUUAAUAUUCACAAGAGCUUAUCAGCACCAAACUUUGGACCUGUUACCAAACUGAGCUUAACAGAUGAUGCAAGUAGCACAGAGAAUGACAACCAUCAAAAGAAAGACUACAGCUUUGAUGCACUGGGAGCCUGGGACCACCGCAUUGAGCUCCCGCUUCUCAUGGAGGCAAGCAUCAAGCACGGCACCCCAAUACCCAUGAUCCUGGCCUCAGACGUGGGGUGCUCCAGCAUCCUCGGCAAGCGCACCUACCAGGAGGACAGGUAUGUGGUGGAGGAUCUCCCGCACAACAUUCUAUGUGCUGCAGUGUUUGACGGUCACGGCGGGGCAGAGUGCUCCGAGUACUGUGCACAGAACCUUAGGAGAGUCUUGCUGGAGGAGCUAGACCAACACAAGGACCUUGAGGCUGUGCUGCACCACACCUUCCUCAAGCUGCACACAGGAUAUACCCAGUGGACCAAGACUCACAAUGCAGGGCAGAGGGCGGGUACAACAGCAGCCGUCUCUCUGCUGCGGGCCGGGGUGGAGCUUGCAGUGGGCCACGUGGGAGAUUCCCGAGUCAUUCUGUGUCGACUCGGAGUCUCACGGGAACUCACUCGUGAUCACUGUCCUUCACUCAUAUCUGAAAAGGAUCGCAUCACCAAGUGUGGCGGGAGUGUCAGUGUGGACAACAUCGGGCGGCACAUGGUGAAUGAGACGCUCAGCAUGUCCCGCAGCAUUGGUGACCUGCACCUCAAGAAGUAUGGAGUGAUUGCCCUCCCAGACACCAGGACCAUGAGGAUAAAGCAUGGCAAGGAUGCAUUCUUGCUGCUGAUCACUGAUGGUAUUAAUUUUGUGCUCCAAUCUAAGGAAGCCUGUGACAUCAUUAACCAAGCAGAAGAUCCUAACCACGCUGCCCAGCUGCUGACCGAACAGGCACUGAGUAUGUCCUCAGAAGACAACAUGACGGCACUAGUGAUUCCGUACGGCUCUUGGGGGAAGUACACCAAGUCCGCCUCAAUGUUCUAUUCCUUCGGCAUUGGAAGAGACAUGAACAAGAGCAGCCGGUUUGGAUGAGUGGCACCAUCCCCUACCACUCUAUCAGAUGAACUGGAUAACCUCAGUUGGAUAUUACUUAAUUCCUUUAAUUGUGAUUGUAUGAUACCCAUUUGUAAAUCUUAUACAGAAGCUUUUUAUAUUUGUUAUUGUGAGAGCUGUUAGUUAUAGGAAAUGCAUUAUAUUACUAAAAUUUAAUAAAGGCAUAUUCAGUUUUAAAUUGCUCUUGCAUUUUCUAUAUUCUAUAUUUCUUUGUUAGUAUUGCAAAAGCAGUUAGUUACAAAUAGGAAAGCUAAGAAUCAGUUAUAAACUAAUUGAUAAGAUUAAUAUACUCUUAUGAAUUGACUGGUGAUAUGUAACACUAAACUAUAGUGCAUUGAUAAGAUUGAUAUACUCUUAUGAAUUGAUUGGUGAUAUGUAACUACUUUAAACUAUAGUGCAUAAGAGAUUAUUGUAACUACUUUAAACUAUAGUGCAUAAGAGAUUAUUAGAUCUUAAUAUUAUUUGAUCCUGAUAUUAUUUAUGUACAAUUCUGCCACCAUACUCCCUGCAUCUCAUUAAAAAGAUGAAGGGAUGGAGCAAAGGGUCAGAGAUCCCUAUCACUUGUAUUCUUACUCCCACAAUGAAACAAGACAUGGCCGUCUUGCCACCUCACAUUAAAGGGGAUCUCUGCCAAGUAGAGAUCGAUACAAAAUGUUUAUGUACAACCACACAUCUCAGUGAAUUAGUACUUAUAUUGCUCAUUCAUCUAGUCCACUGCAUGAGAAUAAAUUAUCUAUUCUCAUGGCUUGAUCAGUAGAAUUAUAUUAAUUAGGUUUCUGUCAAAGGUAGUGUCAUCAGUGGUGCUGUUUUCAUCUGACAGACUUAAUAUCAAUAGUGCUGAAAGCUUUGUGUGUUUUGUAGCCAUAUGCAAGGCUUUUGUUGUCAAGUUUGUCCUGUAAUAUUGCACAUUUUUUGCCUAAUAAGUUAGUUACAUCAAAACUUGUGUAAAUGCCAAAUAUAAACUAUUCUUUGGCUGGUCACCAGUACCAAGAAGUCACCAGAUGAGCAGCAACCCAACAGUUAUGUACUAGAAGGUGUCUGACAUACAAAAUUGUACAGAUGGUUCCUUAAGCAAUUAUGGAAACUCAAGAACAGUGAGUUAAUCAUUCAUUCACAACAUCAACAAAGAUGUACAUCAACAAAAAUGUAAAGUGUCCCAAUUAGGUUUACAGCACUAAGUAAACAUAUCACCUGAAGAUGGACAAAUUCAUCAAGUUAGUAGUGUAUGACAAUGCAGGAUGAAAAAGCUGCGCUCUACUUUGUCAACCAUGUCAUGUCUUCAGAAUAAGAAAAUAAAGAAAUGCUUCACCCUGUCAUUACACCAGAUUGUACUGUGAUAGUUAAGCAGCAGUCCAUGGUGAUUUUUUGUUCAGAAUUAUGAUAUCAGUACACAAUGAACAUUUUCUUAAAUCUGAAGAGAGGAUGUUUAUCAUUUAAAGACCAAGUUUAUCUAGUGAAGGCCCAGGUACUACAUCAACGCUACAAAUUUUGUUAAUUGGCUGUUUUGUAGUUGUUUGUUGUGCUAGAUUUAGGAUGGGUUUUUUUAAGAAUUUACAUAAAUAAUUGGUGCAACGUUUCCAUGAAAUACUAGAUGUCAUAUCAAAGUACAGGCUUCCCCUUCAUUAUGAAUGUGUUGUCCAUUUAAGUAUUGGUAAAAUUAAACAAAUUCUUUCAUACAGCUAAGUAAACACACAAAAUCUAUAGACUGUGAGCAAAGCUGCAUCAGAGAGGCAGCAGGAUGGUUGUAAAGAUGCACGGAGGUGGCAAUGCACUUCAGGGCAUAGCAAGCCUGAGUGGCUGCUGUUUUCAUUUCACAUUUAUAUACCACAUGUAUAUAGAAUUUUAUUCCAUUACAUUAUUUCACACAUUUCAUGUUCUGUGAAGCCAUUGUUUUCUGUUUGUUGUGCUUCUUAGCUCUAAUUAUGAAAUCUUUCGUAAAAUUAUUUUCCGAAAUAAUUGCUACACCUUAAAAGAUUCUUUUAAAAACAUCUGUGAACAGAGACCAACCUGUAACCUGAACCAGUUUAAAUAGGGAAUAAUGGGCCAUGUAUUCUUUUUGCACAAAAAUAAAGCCCAAAAUUUUU